AUGGGGACUCUCCGAACAGUCGCUCUUGUCAUCUUGGGCAUUUCGGCCUUCGUUUUUAUCGCACUUUUCGGCCGACUACCAGUAUUCAGGAAAACCCCCAUUGCCUUUCUCUAUCGACUGCUAUGGGUCUACCUCCCCAAUGGAAUCGCCUUUAUCGACUCCCGUCUGCUUGGCGGAAGACUAGUCAGAGCAUGGAGUCGCUCUGGCAGCUAUAUCUUGCGCGAGAACCAUCCCUUGGUCCUUCUGUUCUUUAUUGGCUUGCUUGCCAUAGGCGAGGUUUUCUUCCUACCGGCAGCAUGGCCUCGGAUGUCCAGUACCCAUCAUUUUUGGGUACCUGGCGUUGUCACCUUACCAUAUGUGCUUCUCUAUAAGUGCGUGGUGACCAAAUCAUUCGUCACCUCGGAAAACCACGCAGAAGAGAUGAAACGAUACCCAUACGAUCGUGUCCUCUUCCACCCUGGACAUAUCUGUUCAACGUGCAAAUUUCUCAAGCCUGCACGCAGUAAGCAUUGCAGCUUUUGCAAGGCCUGUGUCUCUCGACAUGACCACCAUUGCGUGUGGCUAAUGAACUGCGUUGGGGCCAACAAUUACAAGUACUUCUUAUCGCUUCUUCUCGCCGUGUCUGUACUAUUGAUCUACGGUACCUUGCUCGGGUACUCUCUUCUCUGGCAAACAUUGCGAGAGAUCGUUCCACUGGAUGUACAGGCAGCUAUGAAGAGUUGGUCAAUGUACCUCCACGUCUGGUCUAUUGUGAUCACCAGGGACCCCAAAAUCGGAACUGUCACACUGCUGAUGCUUAUGACAGCCCCGUUGGCGGUUGCUUUCUUGGCUUAUCAUACCUACCUCAUCUGGGCUGGUAUGACGACCAAUGAAAGUGCCAAGUGGUCUGACUGGAAGGAAGAUGUUCUAGAUGGGUUUGUCUUCAAGGCCAAGCGAAGUGAGAUUCGAUGUGCCCCUCCACAUGUGGAUCUCAGUGGCCAGCCGUGGCCAGUGCAAAGUGACCAGAUCCUGGUCACAGAUGGGCAACCCCCGUUGGAAGGCUAUGUUCUUGAUGAUGCCUCGAACCGAGUCACAUACCGUGGUGAUGCCAAUCGGUCCAGGCCGAUUGACCGGCAGUGGGUGGAACUACACCACACAAGAGAUCUGGAAAACAUCUAUGACAUGGGAUUUAGAAGAAACCUGGUGGAUGCCCUAGGACUGCCAGUGCGAGAGAAGUUCUAUACAUAG